CAUCUUUAGUUUUCUAAAGUUUAAUUUAUAAAUUUACAGUCUAGAAUUACAUUUGCUGAUUUACGAACCGCAAUGACAACAGGAAUUAAAUUUGCCAAAAAAGCGAAGGUUACCAUGUCGAUGCGCCAACAAAACACGGACAGUGAGGAGAGCGAAAUAGCAUCGGAUAAUGAUCAGCAUAUAUCCGAUGAGGAGUACCCCGUUUCCGACGACUUCGAAGAGGAAAGCCAAAAUGAAGCCAACGCAGAUGAAAAUCAGCCAGCUGCUUCCAAAUGGGCUCUUACGAUGGCAAAAUACCUCCGGAAAACCGCCGACGCUCCAAUUCUGUCUAAAGCAACAAAAGAUGUCGAUGUUGAGCGUAAACGCAAACAAAGUAAGUCUGCCAAUCAGUUUGAAGUUGUCGGUCAAACGCAAGAAGAAACUAAGGAAGAGAAACCCGGAGAUUUGGCUAUAGCACAGGAAUUGCUACGUCAAAGGGCAAUAUUGAAAAAAGAACGACAGAAGGAUAUUCUAGGAUUACGGGUAAGACCUUCAAUUGGAGAUUUUGAGCGCGAACGCGCGUUAAAAAAAAUUGCCACCAGGGGUACGGUUCAAUUAUUCAAUGCCGUUCGUCAACAACAGCGCGAUGUAAAUCAGAAAUUACAGGACGCCGGCAAAUUAGAAUAUAAACGAGAAAAAGUGCUGAAAAACUUGAGCAAGAAGGAAUUCUUGAAUGUGUUGAUGAACGGCCCGCGUGCCAAAUCAGAACUUGUGGAUAAUCUUGUCAAAAAGGAAGAAACCGAGUAUGGGGUUAAAUCUGAGGACGAGUCUGACGACGGAACUGAAUCCAAAACAACGUGGGCUGCGUUAAGGGCUGAUUUUCUGACGGGUAAAAAAUCUGGUUGGGAUAAAGAGGAUAACGAAAACAGUGAAAGCUUUGCUCAGGAACAGAUGGACGGAAGCUCAGAUUCAGAAUAA